UCCAAGCUUCUACUUCGUGGCUUACGAACUUGGCUUCUGAUACCAGUUAUAACGUCUCCGCAGCAAUCAGAAAUUCUUACAAGUGGAGCUUGUUUUCCAAAUCAAAAUCUAUCACGACACUUCCCUCAGCACCAUCAAAUCUAACUGUUACUUCAACGGACACUGAAAUCAGCGUAUCUGUGAAGGACACCUACAAAUCAGCAAUUUCCAACUAUUGCUUCAUUCGGAUUACAGCGAAACCCCAGCACACGAAAACGAUCUGCAGUGGUGUGCACAAUGUCACGCUCACGGGUUUGGCUAGCAAUGUGCUUUACAACAUAAGCGCCUUUGUUGUUACAAAGGAUGGACGGAACAGCACUGCGUCUUACGUGGUUAACAUCAGCACCAAACCGUCCGCAGUGAAAGCUAUCACAACAAGUGUGUCUCAAUGCACCACAAGCAGUGCCAUUCCUGUCACCAAUAAUGGAGGGACCAGUACGGUGUCUAAUUCGAUGAGUAUUGGCACCACACUUUUAAAUACUAAAGACAAAACAACAAGUGGUUGUCAGGACAGCCCAACCAGCGCCACUGUUGUCCCCAGGGAUCUACAUGAGAGUCCUAUACAAACGGCUGUUACCAAUCACUCUGAUAUCAACACUUCCACAAAUAGUGGCUCUCAGCAGAGCACAAGCAGCUCUGUAUCUGCAGCCAUAGGUGCUGUUGUUGCUGUUGCUGUGUUGCUCAUGCUGGUCGCAGCCCUUAUCCUUCUGUGGAAAUUCAAGAUGAUACCUCUGAAACAUUUUCAAGGUGGCGAACUGGACCUUGGAAAUCAGUCUGUACGCAGCUAUCGUCCUCAAGAACACGAGACUAACGUUGAUGCAAGCGAACGAUACGCCAUGGUAGGUACCACUGCUACGCGACGUCCAUCUUGUUCCUCAGGUGAUUGUGGUGGUGGUGGUGAUCAUAUAUACUCAGCGGUGGGUAUACCGACGAAUUCGAUCACCAACGGUGUACCUCACAGAUCUGCUACGUCAGCUCAGGAGAGCUUUUACACUGCCAUCGGAGCUGACAUACCUCACACUUGUGAUCAGGAGAGUUCUAACAACAUUGAUGAGACCUAUGACAACACGGAGAUCUUAUCAAAACCUGCACACGCAGGAAACUAUGACAAGGUGGGUAUGCCAGCGAAUUCGAUCAAUAACGGUGUGCCUCCCAGAUCAGCUUCACGUCCGGAGAGCUUUUACACUGCCAUUGGAGCUGACAUGCCACCCACUCGUGGCCAGGAUGGUUCUAACAACAUUGAUGAGACGUAUGACAACACGGAGAUCUUAUCAAAGCCUACACACGCAGAAAGCUGUGGCAAGGCUGACAGUGAGAAGAACACAUACGCCCACUUGCACAAAGGUCACAUGCAGGAGCCAGCAGUGACUGAUAUCCAAUAUCAGAACACAACAUUGCAGUUGUCCACUGAGCAAGAGCAAGAUGAGGCAAACAGUGAGGAGUACAGUGUUCUUCAAAGGCCAAAGACCGAGAAAAAGGGCAACAUUUAUGACACAGUACAAAGCGACAAUGGACAGGAGUUGGACACGGUGUCUAAUAGCGCUGUACCACCGUUCACCAUCAAGCAAGUUGGGAAAAUGGAGCAAGCCGGCACACGACACUGCGAACGAGCUGCAUGUGCUGAACAGGGGGUGGCUUCGUCAGACACAUACUGUGCUGUGGAUAUGAGCAGAGGUACCGAAGCUGUACAUGCAACUGUAGCCAGCCCAACGGCCAUAAAGCCAACACUGAACGUGGUCACCUCAGGUCCACCAACGUCACAAGCUGCAGUUUAUGUGAACACCGGUGACUAUGGAAACGGUUGUACGCUUGAAGCGAUUCCACAACAGAAUCCACUGCACGACUCCUGCUUAGGAGCAUUCAAUUUUCUAUCGGAUGGCAUGAGUGUGGAUGAGAGUCUGUACGACAACACCCGAGCACCAGCAAAACAAGAGAAACAAGCAUAGUAAGCAAAUGGGGAAGCAUGUACUGCCAGCAAACACAGAUAAACACCGAUACGAAGACUGAAGGAAUGCAAAGCAAGUGAAAUCCGGCUAAUAGCACUGGACAAUAUGCCAUGUCUGGCGCACAUAAGAGAAGCACACAAAUCUGUAAAGCAAAUAUUUUAUCAUCACUGGUCAUGACUCAGAUAUACAGCCACAAUAGCACUGCACAAGUGAUAUCACUGUGUGCCAAUUUAUUAUGGAUUUCAUUCCACAAAAUACUUCUUUUUAUGAAUGUCAUUCUCGUUAAAUGUCAGAGUAAGAAUUUUUUCUUGUGAUUCGGUUCUCUUUUAGCAGCUCUUGCUCAGCACCACAGGUAAAUCUUUAUUUUACCAGUUUGUAUUGCAAUCUUCGAUACAGUUGUUUUGAGAAACACAAUAUUGAAGCAUCCGUAAUAACAGAACAUAAUAACAUACCAUACUCAUCCGUUUGAGGGACCGGAUGAACCAUACCGUGAUAUUUCUAAACACACAGCUAUCAGUGAUGAUUUUACCACGAUCGAUCAUCUACUUCACAGAAUACCUGUUUGAAUGCUGUCCAGACUUGCGUAGCGGCUGGUGAAGUGAUAUACACAAUCCGCACGUGUUAUGGAAUUUGUCUUCUGUCUCAUCACUUGGAAGGCGAUAGCAAUUGCUUUCCAUCUCCGACUUCACCUGUUAUACAUGAAACUAUUGGCUCGGAUAGUCACCCUGGAUUGACCAUGGACUGCAUGGUCAAUGCAGGUUCUAA